AUGGGAGUGGCACUGACAAGAGCAGCUCAGUGGACUACUGCUGGUUCUGGGACCGGCACACUAGAAAUCACGCCACUGAAUGAAUCUCUCCUUAACGAAAUCAUUAAGUUUACUGAAAGCUUUAGCAGCAAGCACCCUCAAGAAGCCGCCUUUGUCUUCAAGGAGCCACUUGAAUGGCAGACACAGAUAGAGCCUUCCGCAUUUGAAUCAGGCUAUGAGGUCAGUGAAAAAAAAGUUCGGUCCCAAGAAGCGGACAAAGAUGGACAGCCGUUGCUGCUGCUCACAGGAUCAGCUAUUAAAGUUCGCAGCUUUGCACAGCUGUCUCGUUUGCUGUAUGUGGCUGCGGAAAAAAGGCUGAAAGAAGCACAAGCAUGCCUUCAAGUCAAUAGAGAUCCCAUUGUGAAAAUUCUUGGCCCUGGAUAUGGGACAAUUGAAGGAGAGGAUACGUCCAUGCUUCGUAUGUUAGACAAUGUGAAAAAAGACGACGCUGCUGGUGCUGAAAUGAAAAUGAAAAUUUCCCUUCUUCUCCAGCAACUGGAUAUGCAGCUGCUCAACAGCUCUUUAAAAAAGAUUUCACAAGAAGUGAGAUUAACUCCUGCUGCUGUGAAAAAUGAAGUGGAUCUGCUGAAGCGUUUCUCUGGGGCGAGGGAUGAUGCCGUCCUUGAAUCACUGGAAUAUACAUCAGAAUAUGAAUUCUCAAAUGGAUGCCGUGCUCCACCGUGGAGACAAGUUCAUGGGGAAAUUUGCUACUUGAUGAUUAAACCACGUGACACAGACGCUAUGUAUGUCACUUGCAGCACAGCCGGAGUAUUUUUAAACGGAGGAAGAGGAAAAGAAAAAGAUGAAAUCAACUACGAGAGAAAGAGUGACAUAUGUAAAGACCUUGUCACCUUUUUAAGAGAAAGAUCAGCAGCAUUUGUGGAAAACAUGGCUAAACAGGAAUAUACUUUUUUUGAUGAACCGAAGUAUGAAAAACAUUAUCAACAUAUGGAAGUGGUUGAGGCAGAUGAAUAUGGCCAAGCCCAAAAGUUUUAUGACUAUUCAGAAAAGAAUGCAUUUGAGAAGCCUAAGAGUCCUCUUGUAAAAGGCAAACUUACUGACAGCAAGAAAUUAGAGUCAUCUUUAAAGUGGAAGACCAUGUCCGGCUCCCAAGUAGGGAAAGCAGCAAAGAAAGAGAAGGAAGAAAAGGAAAGCAAACCUGUCUCUUCAGAAGGAAAGAAGAAACUCAGCACACCAUCGUCUCCUUCUUCGAAAGGUAGACUUUCAGUAAAAGUUGAAGAUAUUAGUGACAGUUCUUCAGAGAGUGAGGAGGACGAAGAGGAACCUGAACGUCACUCAGAGAUAAACACAGAUUUGCCAUCCGAAUACUGGCAAAUUCAAAAAUUAGUGAAAUAUAUAAAGGCAGGUAACCAGACAGCGACUGUAAUCGCGUUGUGUUCAAUGAGAGAUUUCAAUUUGUAUCAAGAAACGUGUCAGUUGGCAAUUAGAGAUGUUGGAGGACUUGAAGUGCUGAUUAAUUUACUUGAUACGGAAGAAAUCAAAUGUAAGAUUGGUUCACUGAAAAUCCUGAAGGAAGUAAGCCAAAAUGCACAGAUCAGAAGGACAAUUGCUGAUCUUGGAGGCUUACAAAUCAUGGUAAAGAUACUUGAUUCUCUAGAUAAAGAUCUGAAAUGUCUGGCAGCUGAAACAAUAGCUAACGUAGCCAGAUUCAAACGAGCACGAAGAACAGUCAGGCAGCACGGUGGAAUCAAGAAACUAGUUGGCCUGUUGGACUGUAGAACAAUGGCAUCAGGGCAUCCCACACCGCUUCAGGGAAAAGAUAUUGAGGUCGCGCGCUGUGGGGCUUUGGCACUCUGGAGCUGUAGCAAAAGCGCCAGGAAUAAAGAGGCCAUACGCAAGGCCGGGGGCAUCCCUCUGCUGGCCCAGUUGCUGAAGUCUCCUCAUUCAAACAUGCUAAUCCCUGUGGUGGGGACGUUGAAGGAGUGUGCCUCUGAGCCAAGCUACAGACUUGCAAUAAAAAACGAGAAGAUGAUUGAAAACCUUGUGAAAAACCUGAACAGCGAUCAGGAGGAAUUGCAAAUGCAUUGUGCUAGUGCCAUCUUUAAGUGCGCUGAAGAUCAGGAAACUCGUGACCUCGUUCGGCAGCACGGAGGCCUAAAACCCCUCGCCACCUUACUUGCUGUUUCUGAAAACAAAGAACUUCUGGCAGCAGUGACGGGAGCAAUCUGGAAAUGCGCCAUUUGUAAAGAAAAUGUGACCAAAUUCCGAGAGUACAAAGCCAUAGAAGCUUUGGUUGGCCUGCUGACAGACCAACCAGAAGAAGUCCUUGUGAAUGUUGUUGGAGCACUAGGGGAGUGUUGCCAAGAACAAGCAAAUCGGAGCAUUAUCCGGAAAUGUGGUGGCAUUCCAUCCCUGGUUGCUUUACUCACUGGAACCAAUCAGGGUCUUCUUGUCAAUGUUACCAAAGCAGUGGGAGCUUGUGCAACAGAACCUGAAAAUAUGGCGAUAAUUGAUCGCUUGGAUGGCGUUCGCUUGUUGUGGUCUUUGUUGAAAAAUCCUCAUCCAGACGUCCAGGCAAGUGCAGCAUGGGCUAUCUGUCCUUGCAUUGAAAACGCAAAGGAUGCUGGUGAAAUGGUUCGUUCGUUUGUCGGUGGUUUGGAGCUGAUAGUCAAUUUGUUAAAAUCAGACAAUAAAGAAGUCCUGGCCAGUGUAUGUGCUGCUAUCACCAACAUAGCAAAAGAUGAAGAAAACUUAGCAGUUAUAACAGAUCAUGGCGUUGUUCCUUUGUUGUCCAAACUAGCAAACACAAAUAAUGACAAAUUAAGACGUCAUUUGGCAGAUGCCAUUUCUCGCUGCUGUAUGUGGGGAAACAACAGAGUUGCUUUCGGAGUCACCAAAGCCGUUGCCCCUUUAGUACGUUACCUGAAAUCAAGUGAUCCAGCAGUUCAUCGAGCUACUGCGCAAGCCCUGUAUCAGCUCUCAGAGGAUCCCAACAAUUGCAUCACCAUGCAUGAAAAUGGAGUGGUAAAGCUUCUGCUGGGCAUGGCAGGCUCUAUGGAUGAAACGCUUCAGGAAGCAGCGGCCGGUUGCAUAGCAAACAUUCGCAGGUUGGCUCUAGCUACAGAGAAAGCAAAGUAUGGUUGAAAUGCCAGACAACUUUUACCAGCUCCCAAGAAUAU